GUUAUCUGUUGUGUCAAUGUCCAGCACAAUUGUGCAGGACACAGAUGCACUGGUUCAUCUACAGUAUUGGUCUACAAAGAACACGAGAAAACAACAAAGACUGCAAAAUGGAUUGAGCACUGUGAACCCUUGGACCUUAUACUGAACACCACACAGAUGUGUGAUGCCUCUCAUGUGCAAUGGUUC